AUUGUUGACUUCCGGUACAUUAGGAUUUCAUACUAAACAAAAUGUCGAAAGAAGAAAAACAAGUCGUUUUACCGAAGACUGCCUCAGAUCUACAAAGAUUAAAGCUUGAGAAAUUGAUGAAAAAACCGGAUAAGGACGUCGUCAUUGGAGAAAAAUCGCAGGAAUAUAAUCCCAGAGCACCGUUGGAAUUCAUCAGGAAUGUAUGGGGAUCCAGUGCCGGAGCUGGUAGUGGUGACUUCCAUGUAUACAGAGGGGUGAGAAGAAGAGAGUACGCUCGGCAGAAAUUUGUUUUAGAAAAAGCGAAGCGGGAAGAGGCAGACAUUGAUUACCAGAAGAAAGUUGAAGUAAACGUGAAGGCUGCUGAGGAGCGAACAGCAAAGAAACGUGCAAAACGAUAGAAGAAAAAACAGAAACAAAAAGGAAAGAAACCCAGGACAGAAGUUAAAGAAAAGGAAGAGGAGUCUGACGAAGAGGAAAGUGAAGAGGAAGUGAUAAAAAAUGAAGAAAAUAACACUGACUCAGACAAAGUAACAAAUAAUGGACAUAACAAGACAGAUUCGUCCUGACAGUAAAUUGGAGGAGGUUUUGGAAUUUCCUUUUCAGGUGGUAUUCAAAUAAUUAAGGGUUUAGCUUUUAUUAUUGCAACACAAUUUUUUACCUGUGAAUUACAGUUGAACUUAAUCUGUCUGUCAGUUUUUCUGCAGACAGCUGUAUUAUUUAAUAAAAUGACUUUUGAUCACCUUAGAUAUCUGAAAUAAAAAUUGAUAUUCCAUUCUCAUAUGAUAAAAUGUUAUACUGACACUUCAAAGACUUUUUAAAGUUAUCCAAACAAGUGAUCAAGUUCAGCAUAUACAUUUUGUAUAUAUAAUACAUAGCUUAAUAUAUAAUGAAUUCUUUACAGAGGAACCACAAGCAUAUACACUGUAGCCUUUUUAAACAAGUUUUUGUUACAGGUGACAAUUAGGCAUUAAGGCAAGUUCAACUGUAAUUCACUGA